CCCAGAGCUACCUCGUGUGAAACUGGUUAAAGAUGCCUCCACGUGGAAAUGCAACUUUUCUUCUCUCAUCUAUCGUGUUCUUGUUAUGGAAAAUUUGUCAUGGAGGGAAGAUUUUGGUCGUUCCUUUCGAAGGAAGCCACUGGGUGAACAUGGACAUCAUAAUCAAAGCUCUACACUCUCGAGGACACUCCGUUGAUGUGAUACGAACAAGUAUGAGCUGGUCCAUCCAGGACAACUCUCUGUACUACAAGACAAUCACAGUUCCUGUCACUGAAUCCUUUAAUCAUGAUUUCAUUAACCCAAUUGUGAAAAAGGUCAUUGAUAUAGAAAGCAGAGAGAGCUCAGUUUUGAGCUUUACCAGUAUGCAGAUUGAGAUGCUUACUGCGAUGUCUAACAUGCAUCGAAUAAUGUGUAAAAUGGCUACUGACUUGUUUAAAGACAAAGACCUAAUGGACAGUUUAAAGGAGAGUAAGUAUGACCUGGUCCUCACUGACCCAGCAUUGGGUACAGGUAUAAUGUUGGCUCAUGCUCUUAAACUGCCUCUGGUCUAUAAUGUACGGUGGGUAACUAGCGGAGAGGGACAUAUGGCCAUUGCACCUUCUCCUUUAUCUUAUAUCCCGCUGACCGCCUCAAGACUGUCAGACAAAAUGACUUUCAUGCAAAGAAUCAAAAAUCUCAUUAUGUAUGUCAUUUGGCAAGCUCAGGAUCGAUUUUUAAUCAGCCCUCAGUAUCAAGUUAUUUGUGAUGAAUUCUUCAGCACAGAAGUCAGAUAUAGUGACUUAUUAAAGGGAGCAGAUUUGUGGCUCAUGAGAGUGGACUUUGUGUUUGAGUUUCCUCGUCCAACCAUGCCUAAUGUUAUCUAUAUGGGCGGCUUCCAGUGUAAACCUGCCAAACCUCUCCCUGAACACCUGGAGGAGUUUGUUCAGAGUUCUGGAGAGCAUGGAUUUAUCCUCAUGUCUCUGGGAACGUUUGUGAGUGAACUUCCUGCUGAGAUAACACAUGAGAUCGCUGCAGCUUUUGCCAAAUUACCUCAGAAAGUCAUCUGGAGGCAUAAAGGUGACAGACCAGUGACUCUGGGCAACAACACUUUACUAGUUGACUGGAUGCCACAGAAUGACCUUUUAGGACAUCCCAAGAUUAAACUAUUUGUGGCUCAUGGAGGAACAAACGGUGUUCAAGAAGCAAUUUAUCACGGAGUCCCAAUUGUGGGCCUACCUUUGUUUUUUGACCAACAUGACAACCUGCUGCGUCUGAAAGAUAGAGGAGCAGCUAAGAUUCUAACCACCAAAACAGUGCACAAAGACAACAACUUCCUGAAGGCCAUACAGGAAGUCCUGAAUGACCCCUCUUACAGGAUGAACAUGCAGAGACUCUCCAGGCUGCACAGAGAUCAGCCAAUGAAGCCGCUGGACACCGCCCUCUUCUGGAUAGAGUUUGUCAUGAGACACAAAGGUGCUGCUCACCUGAGAACAGAGUCCUACAGACUGCCCUGGUAUUCCUACCACUCUCUUGAUGUCAUAUUAUUUUUACUAACAUUUGUACUACUUAUUGUGUUACUUUUUGCUGGGUUAGUACGGUCAUGCUUUAGAUUAUGUUUGAAAAGAAAGGUGAAAUCUGACUAACCAGGACAGAUGAUUAAUCAUUUUCAUGUUGGCAAACAUAUUGUAAUAUUACAGUCCUACAGACUGCCUUGGUACCAUUCUUUGAAUGUAGCUCUGCCUUUCUGGCUACUGUUGUAGUGACAACCUUUGUCCCUCUUUUUCAGAUGUGUAUGUCUUUAGAAAUGCCUGAAAAGAAUAACAAAUUAAACAUUACAAGAC